GGUCAUGUAAACACCAACUCAUGCUCAGUCAGUGAGAGCAGCAGCUCUGACCUGGAAGUGAAACAGGACUUUCCUCCUGGACUUUCAGGUUCGGGUUCUGAACCCGGAUCUGGCUACAAAAGCUGAUCGCAGCCGAAGCGAACCGAACCGAACCUCUCAACAUGGAGAUUUCAUUUGCAGGCAAACAGGCGCUGGUGACAGGAGCAGGAAAAGGUAUCGGCAGGGCCACGGCUCUGGCUCUGGCUCGCUGCGGGGCGAGGGUCACUGCAGUCACACGGACACAGGCUGACCUCAACAGUUUAGUGCAAGAGUGUCCAGCCAUCGUCCCAGUGUGUGUGGACCUGGUGGACUGGGCAGCCACCGAGGCUGCCCUGAAGGACGUCGGGCCCAUCGAUCUGCUGGUGAACAAUGCUGCCUACGCCAAACUGCAGCCAUUCCUGGAGGUCACGCCUGACCAGUUUGACCUAAUGUUUAAUGUGAAUGUGAAAGCUGUGCUGCACGUUUCUCAGAUGGUGGCUGGUGGGAUGAAAGCCAGAGGGUCGGGCGGCUCCAUCGUCAACGUGUCCAGCCAGGCGUCUCAGCGCGCCCUCAGGGAUCAUGCUGUUUACUGUGCAACUAAAGGGGCCCUGGACAUGCUGACCAAAGUGAUGGCCCUAGAGCUCGGACCCCAUCAGAUUCGUGUGAACAGCGUCAACCCUACAGUUGUUAUGACAAAGAUGGGUCGCCUGGGCUGGAGUGACCCGGAAAAAGCCCAGACCAUGAAGUCCCGCAUCCCCCUGGGCCGCUUCGCAGAGGAGGAGGACGUGGUGAACUGCAUCUUGUUCCUGCUGAGUGAGAAGAGCAGCAUGGUUAACGGAGUCGCCCUGCCGGUGGACGGAGGCCACCUGGCCUGCUGAUGGUCACCAUGAGAUCCAGCUGAUCAGAGGCAGACGUGCUGACAGCUCAUGGUUUUACACAAACAUUCAGAUGGUCCAAAAUGAACGGGUUCAUUGUUGUUGAAUCAUGUUUUUUACUUUGUCUGUGUGGUUUUGAACAUCAGAAAAUUACGUCCAAGGUGUAGCUGUAGAUCUCAGUGAAAUAAAAGCAUAAAAAAGCCA